CUGACGGAAGUAGUUCCUGUUUCAAAGUCCAGCUGAACGUUCAGUCAGGGUGCAGAGGCUGUCCUACUAAAGUGUGCAUCAGAAGCUACAAUGUUGAAGAGAAGCUAAAAGUAUUAGUGCAUUAAUCUGAGCGUGUUUGUGGCGGUGUGCGUGAUCGGACAUGCAGCAGUCUGUGGAGUCUCUGGUCCGACUGCUGGAGUCAUACAGAGGAAGAGACAAAGUUAUCAGGACGGUCUGUUAUGGCUCUCAGCUGGUCGGAGGAGUUCUUACCCAGAAAGCAGAAGCAGAUGUGUCUUCAAAGCGACUUGGGAAAAGUUUGCUGCUGUUCUCUGCUCAGCUCAGCCACUGCAGGACCGUGUUGAGGCUGUUUGAUGAUCUCUCAAUGCUGGCGUACUCCCAAAGCUAUGGCCUCGGUGCUUCGGAGGAAGAUGCAGGCGUUCGCUGGAUAUCGGUGCUGACAAACGUGGCUGACCAACUCUACUAUCCAUGUGAACAUAUCGCCUGGGCCGCAGAUGCUGAGCUCGUCAAAGUGAAGUCUGAUAAGUGGUGGCUGCUCAGCACGGUGCUGUGGGGGGCCUCGCUGUUCCUGGGCAUCCUCAGGUCCCUUCGUGUUCUGCUGUUGUUGAGGAGGAAGCUGAAGAAACACGACUGGGAUGGAGGAGGCAACAGACGGUCUCACCUCCGCAGGCAGAUACGAGGGGAGCUGCUCUCCAUCCUCAGCAGCAUGGCGGACCUCGGUAACGCCAUUCACUGGAUGCCACCAGGCUUCCUUUGGGCGGGACGGUUCCCCAGCUGGCUGGUGGGCUUGCUGGGCACCACCUCCUCUCUGAUUGGUUUGAUUCAGAUGACGACCAGCAGCAGUGAGCUGUCAGACAGUGCAGGGCCGUCUUCAGAAUAAUGAGGAGCUGUUAAUUGAAUGAAUUGUGAGAGGUGGUGGACAAGAAGUCCUUGUAGGUCUUUGAUUUGAUCAGAUCAUCUAUUUAGAGUAAUUUCUAUCUGGACUUCUCAUGGACUGCUUCCUAUAAGUCUAUCUAUUUAAAAUAUUUUUUGAAAUCAUGAGAUUAGUCUUUGUUUAAAUACAUUUUGAAAUGUCAGUUGUAUGAAAGUAGCAUUUAAAAAAAUUAUUG